AACUUAUACUAAAGUUAACGGGUGUGUCAAUAUUUACAAAAUAAAACGUUGCCACGGUUGAAAAUCAUAUAUAUACAGAAGGAUGAAUAUUACAAAUACUUUACAUCUAUAGAUGUUUUUACGUCGGACAAGACAUGUAUUAAUCAUCUAUUUCAGUCUGAGAGCCUAUGCCUCAAAUGUGUAAGAAUGAUGUAAACCAUAGUAGUUGAAGCCAGUCAGUAUUUAUGUUUGGUUUACCGGACACUGUUGAAAAUUAAUACGACCUCGGUGAUGAUGGACACAAUAGAAAAAGAAAGUUUGUCAUUAUUCACGGACACGAAUGAAGAUAUUUGUAAAAGCGGGUUUAAAAACUGGACAACGGCCAUCCUAGCUCACAGCGAGGCAAAGAAAGCACUGUUUCACAUAAUAGAGAAGAAAUGGAAAAACUACAUUUCAAAUUUAACUGAUGAAGAAAGAUCCAAUGUUGAAAUAUUCGUCCAGUGUGCUAGAAAAAGUGAAAUAAAACACUUUGGGAGAAAGCGGAAUAUGUCUUGCGAUCACCCCGUUUGCUUAGUGCUGUACGACAAACUUCGUCUUCUAUACCGCUCCACUGAACCACCAUCGGGAAACCAUGAUACGAUGCCGUGUUUACCGUCGUCAGACAUAUGUUUUCAAUAUGUCUGGAAUCUGGCAAUGCUGUUUGUUGAAACUGAAGACGAUAUAUCGAGGUCGGAUUUCGUUGAAUUGGAUAUAUCGUACUUACUGAAAAUAAUGAGUAACUGUCAGUUGUUUGCCUUCGAGUAUUCUACAAGCAUGUUCGACGAAAUUUACAACGACAGGGACGAACUCUUGCUUUCUGAAGAAAACCAUGUGGAAGAAAAAAGACUGGAUGCCAUAUUUGAUAACAUAAUUAAUUUGCUGUCAAAAUUUGACGAAUCCAGAUUAUUUCUUGCCUGUGAGGAUGUCAUAAGUAGCAUCAAACGGCUGAAGGGAAUAGACUUACAGGAAGAAUACCCAAUGGACGUGUACACACUACUUGUCAAAAAAUAUUUGGAGAUAAAGGUCGCCACCUUAGAAAAACAAAUUGCAAAAAGCGAAGGCUCGAUUUCAGACAAAGCUUUGCCAAAAACCAGAAAACUAUUGCUUCAAGUAGAAGAAAGUAUAACAGAAGAUGAACCUGAUGUUUUAUCAGAACUUCAAGAAGAAAAUAACAAACUGAAAGAAAGAGUAAAGGAACUCGAAAAUGAGCGGGACAGUUUACAAUCGAUAGUCAACCAAAAGGAAGAAGAGAACAGUUGGAUAAAGCCACUUGUUGACGACCAUGUGGAUUUCAAGGCUAUACAAUUCAUCGCAACCAUCGCAGAAUCACGAAA